CAUGUUGCAGAGGUAGACGAUUCACCUUCCACUCAUUUCUGAUGUUUUUAUGAAAAAUCUUUUUUUUUUUCAAUUUGUAUUUUCCUCUGAUUGCUAGCAAUGGCCAAUGGAUAUAGCACUAAACGGAACGAAAUGGAGAACGAAACAGGAUUCAAGCAGCCGACCCCAGAUAGUUGGGAUUGGGCUUAGGCGAUGAUGAUGAUGAUUGCGAAAUAUAUGUAGUGUGGGACCCGUGGUUCAGUUAUUUUCGCCUUUGGGUUUUUGUCGGUAUCUGUAGUUGCAGCUGACUUUUCAGUUUUUUCUUGUCGGCGUUUGUCGUUUCUUCUAUUGGAAACCAAGUGCAGAUCCGUCGUAAAAAUUCGUUCUUUCGGUUGGGAUUUUUGUCCUUUUCGUAUUCGAAAUUCCCACGAACCGGUUAUCCGUUCCGUCACACAAUGCCGAUGAUAUGAGCCCGAAUUGAAUCUUUGGGUUGGUUCUGUUUAUCGAAUGGACAGUUUUGAGCUGGGGGCUGCAUUUUCGUUUUCAAUUUUGGAGGAUUGGAGCUUCUUUUCUUCUGGACGCUGAAAUUGUUUUAUGACUUGCCCAUCUAGGGGAGCUACUGUAGCUUAAGUAAUUAUGGUGGGCAUGGCUACAAGGAAGAUACCUGUUAAAGUUAAAAGGGAUCCCCGUAGUUUCACGUCUGUUUUGGCUUCUGCUGUUCAGGAAUGGUUGUUGAUAUUUCUGUUAUUUAUCAAUGGGGCUAUCUCAUACUUGUCAACAAAAUUUGCACGUUACUAUGAAUUGCCAACCCCAUGUUUAUUAUGUUCGAGGAUCGAUCAUGUCAUUGGCAAUGAGAACCCUGCAUCCUAUAAAGAUUUAUUUUGUGGUAAACAUAAGUUGGAGAUCUCAUCAUUGAUUCUUUGUCACAUUCAUGAUAAGCUUGUUGAUGUUCAUGGAAUUUGUGAAAGUUGCCUCCUUUCUCUUGCUACAAAUAAGUACAAAUCUGAAACAUGCAGGCUGUUGAUGGGAAAGCUAGGAGUGGAUCUUGAACAUUGUAUUGAUGGGGAGCAGCUACUUAAGGAGCUCAAGAAUGCUUCUUUGAAUACCGAACACUGUUCUUGUUGCAGGGUUGCAGAUUAUGCUUCUUUGCGAUAUUCAGUUGGACAUGGUAACUUGCCUGACUGGGACAUCUUAAGGAAGAGAAGGGAGAAGUCAUCAGGUGCAGUGAUGACUUCUCAUCUGGGGAGUUGUGGUUUUGAUCCUUCAUCACAUGUAGAAUAUUCUAAGCUUAAGAUCACAUCUGAUUCGGAGUCAGAAUUCCCUUUCUCUGAUGAUGAUGAGAGGAAUGCUCUUGUUUGUAAAACAGAAGAUCUCAAGCAAGAUUUUGUUACACAACGUGCACAGCUGGAUACUCCCAUUAUGUUUUCUGCGAUGGUACCCAAGACUUCAUCUAAUGACUUUAUCCCUGAGAAGCUGAUCCAUCGAGGUUCUUCACCUGAGCCUUCACUUUUAGUUCCACCUAUGCAAUGUGAAGAAAAUUACAUGGCUCAUGAAAUCAAUAAUCUCAAGGAAGAGAUUGUAGCUCUAUCUUCACGAUUGGAGUUCUUGUUCAAUUGUAUAGAGAUGAUACCCGAAAGUGCACCAGUUGAUUUGACCCCAGAGAAGCUGAGCCAUCAGGCUUCUACACCCGAACCUUUCCUUUUAGUUCCAUGCAUGCAACUUGAUGAGUACAGCAAUGUGACAUCUUUGGCAUCUACUAUUGCUUUUGGUCAUUGUAUGGAGCUUAACUGGCAUCAAGGUAAACAGAAGGCCAAUCCUUCUGCAACUCCUGAGCUUACCUCAAUAAAUGAUAUUUCUGCAUCAUCCAAUUCUGCAGAAGCUCCUAUUUGUGUACCAAGAAAGAACUUAGAUGCUACUGGAACUAGUCAUGUUGGAACUACUAUUACAGAGAACAUGGGAGCCUGUAAGCCAAAAAGUAUGCUGACUAUAGCUACUACAUCUGAUUUAAAAGAAGACCAGGUUUUAAAUGAUCUUGGUUCAACAACACCCAGUCAAAUGGAUCUUAAUGAUGCUUACAAGUUGGCCAUUAAUAACAGGGGAAGUCACGCCACUGGUAUGCUUUCAGAACAACUUGACAGUAAGUAUUCGUCAAGAGAAGAUCUCAAGGUACCAUUAUCACAAGUUUCUAAUGCUCGAGGACUUGAGCUAGCAUUAAACGAUGUGAGUCCUCGAGCAUAUGGAUUUGGUGACGAGUUGAAGAUUUCAGAUGCUUCUGUAGUACCACAACUACUUCCAAAGAAGAGCUUAACUGAGAAAAAUGAGUGUGGUACUGACUCAUGGGAUGAAAGCACUGCCAGUGAAACUGAAGUUGAAAGCAUUGUUGAUCGCUUGAAACGACAGUCUGAGUGUUACCGGAAAUGUAUGGCUGCCUUGUAUAAGGAACUGGAAGAGGAAAGAAAUGCUUCUGCAGUGGCUGCAAAUCAUUCAUUGGCUAUGAUUACUAGGUUGCAAGAGGAGAAAGCAUCACUUCACAUGGAGGCUUUGCAAUACCUACGUAUGAUGGAAGAGCAAUCAGAAUAUGACAUGGAAGCACUGCAGAAGGCAAAUGACCUUCUUGCUGAAAGGGAGAAAGAUAUACAAGAUCUGGAAGCAGAGCUUGAAUAUUAUAAAGAAAAGUACCCAAAUGAUUCAAUGUUGGAGGAAAUACAGGAGGAAAUGUGUGAUUUAAAGGGAAGAGACAUGAAAUUGGAGCAUUCACAUCCAAGUAGCAUACAGAAUAGCACCAGCAUUUCUUGUAACUCAACAUUUACUGAGAAAUGUGAAGGUGAUAAUAAAACUGAAGGAACUGAUGUGGUCUGCAGAGAUAACAGUAUUGGCAUUGCCAAAGAAAUAGAGGAGCCAAUGCGUGAUUUAAAGAGAAGAGACAUGGAAUUGGAACAUUCAGAUCCAAGUAGCAUACAGAAAAGCACCGGCAUUUCUUGUAACUCAACUUUAAAUAAGAAAUGUGAAGGUGGAAAUAGUACUGGAGGAACUGAUUUGGUCUGUGGAGAUAACAGUAUUGGCAUUGCCAAGGAUUCUCCGUUAGAUUUUGAAGAUGAAAAGUUGUACAUAUCUCAAUGCUUGAAGAAGCUGGAGAAGAAAUUGUAUCUAUUCUCUAAUAAUGGAGUUCAUGUUGACAUGUCUAAUGGUGGAUAUUCGGGGAAAGAAACACAUAUUCGGGAAAAGCUUCAUUGUGAGCAGGUAAGUCAAGGAAAUAUCCAACUAGAAGACAAUUCAUCAAUCCAGAAAGAUCAAUCUUUAUUUAGAGAAAGCCCUCCUGCUCAAGAAAGGUCUAGUCCCUCUAUCAGGGAUUCUGUGCUUGGUAGUAAAGGAGAUCAUAAUUUUGGUUCUGUUGAGGAAGAUUCCUCCAUUGCCAGUAGGGAAACCAAUUUAGUUGUUCUGAGGAAUGAAGUUUCCAACCUGAAUAACAGGUUGGAAGCAGUGGAGGCAGAUCACAACUUCCUCAAAUACACCAUUAGUUCACUUCAAAAUGGAGAUGAAGGCUUGCAAUUCAUUCAGGAGAUAGCUCAUCACCUACGAGAAUUACGAAGGAUUGUGACAAAGUGAAGAGAGAAAGCUUUUGAUUGAGCAUUUUGUUGCGACAACUUAGAGGGAGUUGAUAUUCUGGAAAACAGGAAAAAUUCAGUCAAAGCAUGGGUCAAGAGAAGAGGGGUAAUCUUGCAUCCAUGAUUUAACCCAAGGAAUUUGAUGAUCAAGUAGAGGAUUGUAUAUAAAAUAUCGUCAGCUUCAUUCUUUUCAAGAAAUGGAAGAUUCAUGUAGUUAGUUAUCAAGUCUUGAAGCAUUCUCUUUAAGCUUUAUUUCUUUUCUUUUCGAAAGAGUUUUCUUCUUUCAUUUGGUAUAUUUUGAUCCUUACCUUGGUUUUAUUUAGAUUGCUUGUAGGGUGAAUGUAUAUGUUGUAAUCUUUUGUUUUUGAGCAGCAAGCUUUUAAUUAAGUUAUAGAAGGGGUAAUAUAUGCAUGUAAAGAUAGCAAUUUUUUCAUUAUUCUUUAGGUUGGUUUCUAUCAACCAACAUACUGAUGUUGUAUAUUCAAACAGAUUGAGGUUUCACUUGGUUAUAAUGAUCUUACGCAA